AUGUCCAGAGGAUUGAUUACUAACGAGAACGAAAGCCAGCAUUGCCAGGCUGACCUUGGAAAUGGCUUCCAUGUGAGCCCUUUCCAGCUAGAAAUCCAGGCUUACAACGACUCUGUAUCACGAGUGAGUCGGUGCUUCAGAGCUGAAUCCCGUAUUGUUGAGCAUUCACUGACUUUCGUUCUUGUCCCUUCCAUCAAGGAAGAGUACGAUGCCGCUAUCCACACUUUGGCCAGACCCUCAAGGCCGAGCGAAACGUGCGCAUCGCAGUGGUUCGACCUCUCUACCAAUGAGGGCGAUGACUCGGGCAUCAGGAUAGGUUCCUAUCAAGACUGCCAUUAUGUUGCCAGUGGCGUCACUGCCGAGGUCUACAGAUGUGAAGCCCGCGCUCUCAAGGUCAUCACCGAGACGCAUGCCAUCGAGCCUCACAACCCCAGGCGAGAAGCUACAAUUCUUACAACCUUUGACGGGCCAGCAAUCAUUCAACUCCUCGAGACAUUUCGGGACCAGGAGCAGCGUCUCGUCCUGGUGUUUCCAUACAUGCCCCUGACUCUUGCCAGUGUGCUCGACCGAGGAGAAGCACUCUCCGAGGCCCGUGUUCGAAGCUACUUCAACGACAUUUUCGCCGCGCUGAAAUAUAUUCAUGGCCACGGCAUCAUCCACAGGGACAUUAAGCCGUCGGCAGUUUUACUUGAAAGCUCCGACGGCCCAGCGUAUCUCUCGGACUUCGGCACUGCGUGGCAUCCACUGCUCUCGGCGAACACCGAGCCGGCAGACAAUAAGAUUCUCGAUGUCGGCACUGGGCCCUACCGCGCCCCCGAGGCGCUCUUUGGCAACAAGAGCUAUGGAACCGCCCUGGAUAUGUGGGGUGCUGGCGCGAUGUUUGCCGAAGCCUGCCGUAACCCACCGAAGCCGUUAUUCGAGUCUCGAGGAGCUCACGAGGACGGCAACCAGCUCGGUCUGAUUUUGAGCAUCUUCAAGACGAUCGGUACGCCUACUCUAGAGACAUGGCCCGAGGCUGCCACAUUCAAGACGCCGCCAUUUGAGAUGUAUCAGGUCUUCGAGGGCAAACCUUGGGAAUUCGUGCUUCCAGAUGUGCAGCCAGACUUCCGUGGCCUAGUCGCGAAGCUGGUGACCUACAGCGGCAGGGCCACGGCCGAUGAGGCACUCCUCUACUUGAAUGAACAUCCGAGUCACGACACGCGCGAUAAUCCUCAGCUGCGCUGGGGCAAUUUCAUGCACGGUAUUCAAGAAUUAGCGACCAAGUCAAAGGAUCUCGAGGAAAACCAGGUUGAUAAUUCGCAAUCCCAGGAUGCGACAGUCCAGGGUGUUUGA